CUGGCCCAGCCGGCCCGGCCUGCUGUGGGGCAGGGGUGCCCAGCGCCAAAGGCGUCCCAGGAGGAGGGGAGAAGGAGUUGUGUGGGCGAGCUGCUCCCCAGAGAAGGAUGCCCCAGCUGAGCCUGUCCUGGCUGGGCCUGGGGCCGGCGGCCGCCUCCCCGUGGCUGCUGCUGCUGCUGCUCGGGGCCUCCUGGCUCCUGGCCCGCGUCCUGGCCUGGGCCUGCGCCUUCCACGCCACCUGCCGCCGCCUCCGCUGCUUCCCGCAGCCCCCCAAACGCAACUGGUUCUGGGGUCACCUGGGCCUGGCCCAGAGCAACGAGGAGGGCAUGCGGCUGAUCGAGGACCUGGGCCACCACUUCCGUGACGUCCACCUCUGGUGGGUCGGGCCCUUCUACCCCGUCCUGCGGCUCGUGCACCCUAAGUUUGUUGCCCCCCUGCUCCAGGCCUCAGCUGCCAUCACACCCAAGGAUAGGACUUUCUACAGCUUCCUGAGACCCUGGCUGGGGGACGGGCUCCUGCUCAGCGCCGGUGACAAGUGGAGCCGCCACCGCCGCAUGCUGACGCCCGCCUUCCACUUUGACAUCCUGAAGCCCUACGUGCAGAUCUUCAACAGGAGUGCGGGCAUCAUGCACGCCAAGUGGCAGCGCCUGGCCUCGGAGGGCAGCGCCCGUCUGGACAUGUUCGAGCACAUCAGCCUCAUGACCUUGGACAGUCUGCAGAAAUGCGUCUUCAGCUUCGACAGCCACUGCCAGGAGCGUCCCAGCGAGUACAUCGCCGCCACCCUGGAGCUCAGCGCGCUCAUCAUGAAGCGGCACCAGCGGGUCCUCCUGUACUCGGACCUCCUGUACCACCUCACGCCCGACGGGCGGCGCUUCCGCAGGGCCUGCGCCCUGGUGCACGGCUUCACGGACGCCGUGGUCCGCGAGCGGCGCCGCGCCCUCGAGACCCAGGGUGUCAACGGCUUCCUCAAAGCCAAGGCCAAGUCCAAGACGUUGGACUUCAUCGAUGUGCUCCUGCUGGCCAAGGAUGAAGAUGGGAAGGAGCUGUCAGACGAAGACAUACGGGCAGAGGCUGACACCUUCAUGUUUGGGGGCCAUGACACCACGGCCAGCGGUCUCUCCUGGGUCCUGUACAACCUCGCGAGGCACCCGGAGCACCAGGAGCGCUGCCGGCAGGAGGUGCGGGAGCUGCUGAGGGGCCGUGAGCCCGCAGAGAUUGAGUGGGAGGACCUGGCCCAGCUGCCCUUCCUCACCAUGUGCAUCAAGGAGAGUCUGCGGCUGCACCCCCCAGCCACUGCCAUCACCCGCACCUGCACCAAGGACGUGGUGCUCCCCGAUGGCCGGGUCAUCCCCAAAGGGAACGUCUGUAUCAUCAGCAUCUUUGGGAUUCAUCACAACCCGUCAGUCUGGUCCAACCCUGAGGUCUAUGACCCCUUCCGCUUCGACCCAGAAAACCCCCAGAAGAGGUCACCCCUGGCGUUUAUUCCCUUUUCGGCGGGGCCCAGGAACUGCAUCGGGCAGACCUUCGCCAUGACCGAGAUGAAGGUGGUCCUGGCGCUCACCCUGCUGCGCUUCCGCCUCCUGCCCGACCACACGGAGCCGCGCAGGAAGCCGGAGCUGAUCCUGCGCGCCGAGGGCGGCCUCUGGCUGCGGGUGGAGCCGCUCAGCGGGGACCUGCAGUGACCCACCGCGGCCAGGUCUGGGAGCCUCCAAACCAAUCCACCUGCCUGUGCAGCCUCCCAGGAAUAAAACCGCUGUCACCUGUGCCUGAGCCUCGCCCGGAGCCAGCAGGGGGCGCGCGGGGGCUGCAGGCACCUGCAGGUGGGACCGGCUGGUGGGGCCGGGUGGUGUCCCUGAGCCCAAGAGCCUGACGCACUCUCUAGCUAACCACAGGGCUCCCUCGCUGAUGGCUGGUUCUCCCAGAGCCCAGGGAUGGACUUUUUUCUGUGGGCGAGAGGGAGCCAUGGGAGGUAUUUGAGCUGGAGAAGGACCAGGAUUAAGGAGGGACAUAAGGAAUAGGUUUGAGGCUCUGAGUCACAGAAGCAAACCCACAGAGGCUCCGUACUUCCACUACCCUGACCUCAUGUCUGAUCUAAAACACCCAGGCUUCUCUCUCCUAAGGUUUCUUCACUGUGUUUCUAUGGUUACUAAAGCACUGUGUUUAUUAAACAUAAAAAGCCUGGUUGCUUUAUA